AUGAGCGAUAUGGUACCAAAGCUCAGUGAAAUGAGAUCUGGCACUUCGCUUGUGGCAUGCCGAUUUCCGCUCCCUGAAUGUGGUCACUUCCAAUCUAUUGCUCAAAUUGGUGAAGGUAUCGACGCAGUCUACUUCUACAAGUUCUUCACCCUCACUCCGGAACAAUUCAAAACAUAUCAGCUAGAGAGGAAAGAACUAGGAAUAGUUUAUGGAUACCGUUCUAUUCCAAAAGGAGAGCUUGUACGUGAAGAAUCUCAACAGUCUGAUUGA